CUUCUGUAGGAGAAGAAUACGAUAAGGCGGAAAAAAGUUCGUCCUAAAUUUUAGAGUGAUCUCCCAUUACAUGGAGCAAAUAUGAAGCUGAAGAAUGACAGAGAUAUGGGAAAUUUUGAUCUGAAGCAGAUCUUCUCCUUCCAAACAACAUAUGGCUUUAAUGCUUUAUGUGUUGGAACAAUUUUUAGACAGAGUGGAUUGAAUCUUAUAAUUGGCGGAGAGGAUGGUAUAAUCAGAAUAUUUGACUUGGGAAAAGAAAAAGAAUUUAAAAAUACACAGGUUAUCAUGGAAACCAAAAGUGGGCCGAUACAAUGUAUGUCAGUGCAGGACGUUACAAAAUUUUAUCAUAAUGACCUAAUAGUUGCUGACUCCACUGGAAUGAUGACCAUCUUCUGUAAUCAACAAAUACUGUGUCGACAGAGUGUGUCUGAUUCCUGUAUCAAUUGUGUUCAGACACAAACUAAUGCAAUGAAUAACUUGGAGAUUGUUAUGAGUAAUGACUCUGGUGAGAUAUUUGGUGUACUACCAUCUAAAGAACUAUGGAGAAUUAAUAUCAAUGAUGCAAGCAAAGACCAAGUAGUAAAAUCUUCAAUAACCUGUUUAUUAGCAGUAGAUUUACCAGAUCUUCGUGGGAAAAUGACCAGUUAUAUUCUAGCAGCAGACAGCUCUUGUAAUCUCAGUGUCAUACACCAAGGCCUGAUUGUGUCAAGUGUAAAAACACCCUCUGUAGUAACUGCGAUGUGUGCUGGUAAAUUUGUAGAUCCCUCAAAAUUGUCAUUGUUACCUCCUUCCAUGGGUGGAUCUCCUGAUAGUCACCAGGUGGCACUUGGAACAGAAUCUGGAGCUAUCUAUAUCUUCUGCAAUUUCAGUGUAACAGAAGAAGAGUAUGUAAAUACAGGAUAUACCAUAACAUUACUGAAGAAGUUAGAAUUACCAGAGUAUGACAAUGAUAUACUUGUCUGUACUGGACAUUUCAAUGCUAUACAUAUUUAUCUCGAUGGAAAGAAACUUUGUCACCAUGUAACAUCAGACUGGGUAAACUGUUUUGAUAUUAUGGACAGGGACGGAAGUAAGGAACUUGUUGUUGGGUGUUUAGACAGAUCAAUACAAGGAUAUAAAAUAAUGAUAUGAAAUCAAGCAGACGUAUAAAAAUAUGAAUUCUGUGAAAGUUUUUUCUUCUUGGAGACCAUAUGAGAACUAAUAAAAUUUGUAGUUUUCAAGAAUAUUAUUUCAUGGCCAAUGUUGCCAUUGGCAUCCUGACAAAGCUGAAGACUAUCGAGAAACCAUUGUGAUUGGAUGAUACAAGAUGUUACCAGAAGACAAUAAAAUGACACAUUGUUUUGUAUGCAUAUGAUAUGCUCAUUGAGUAAUGAAGUGAUAUGGAGAAGUAUUUUGCUUUAAACUAUA